UUCACAUUCACGUUUAUCAACAGAGGAACGUCGGAUAUUUUGGGAGUAUCUUCAAACAAUGGAUAACCUAGAGGAUAACGCUGCAAAUGUUGAAUUAGCUCCUGGUAUAAGUUUUCCACAGUUACCGUUGAAAUCAAAUGAAGCCAAUGACCUUUCAGUAGAGUGUGUGAAAUGCGAAAAAAUUUUCAAAUUCCCCAGAGAUCAGGACGAUUAUCUGGCACAUUUAUUUCUGGCUCAUCGUCUUGUCAUCGCAGAUGUCGCCGAGGUGCCUAUAAUUGAAAAAUAUUUAAGCUAUUGGCGAAAAGAAUUUGAAAAUCAUGAUUUGGAAGAAUUCUGUACCACCAUGCUGCUGGAUCAGUUGCCAGAUGGGACACCGGCUAAGAAUGAAAAAUAUUAUCUACUCAGUGAUGUCCUACCAAAGGAUUAUGAGUUGAGAACCAACCUUAAGAAACUUCAUCUGGAAAAAGCUUUGGCGCAACAUCAAUUUGAGCUAACCGAUCGCACAUUUAGCAGAGAGUGCUUAUAUUGUCGUGAUGUUAUCAACGGCUUGAGGUCUUUAUAUUUGGAACAUUUGUUCAAUAAACACUUUCUCCAGUUAGGUAAACCAGAGAAUUUAAUAUACAUUGAUGAGCUGUUGGGAAAAGUGCAAAGCAAUUUAGAGAAUCUAAUCUGUUUGUAUUGUGAAAAAGUAUUCAAAGAUCGAGUAACACUCAAGGAGCAUAUGCGGAAAAAGGCCCACAAAAGAAUUAAUCCCAAUAACAAGACAUACGAUAAAUAUUUUCUAGAAAAUUAUAAAUUUCCCGAUACAAACGUACAACAGAAACGACACAACCAAAGGCCAAAGAGAAGAGAAGUGGAAAAUUCAAGAUCUUCAUCACAGCAGGAAACGGAUAGCGUUGAUUUUGAGCAACGUUUCGCUCACCACAGUGAAGAUUCCGACUCAGAUUGGUCAGAUUGGAAUGGGGAAGGCGUGCAACCCAUUAACUGUCUAUAUUGCAGUCAACAGACUUCAGAUUUUGCAAAAUUUAAGGAACACUUGAUGCAAAGUCAUGAUGUGGACUUUGAGGCUUUGCUCAAAGAAUUGAACUUUUAUCAAAAAAUCAAAGUUGUCAAUUAUGUUAGACGUCAAUCCAACCUUUUGCGCUGUGUGACUUGUGAUCAACGAUUUACAAGUCAGGACCUGCUGCUGAAGCAUCUGCAAGAUGAAAAACAUUUUGGCAUAGGCACACGCAAACAAUGGGAUAAACCGGAAUAUUUCUUUCCCACCUUUGAAGAUGACGGUUUACUUUGCACAUUGGAUGACAAUCCCAAUGAAGAUAUGGAUGAUACUGUAGUGCGAAUUAUAUCUGAGGAUCCAGUAGCACAAAUCAACAAGGAUGCAGAGCGUCUGUCACUAGAGAAUUUCAAUUUUUUGUAAAAAUUUAAAUAAAUGUACAUAAGGGUGUGAUAAUCAAAAUAAAUACUUCCGAUUGUCAAUUAUGAUCAAAUGUUGCACAAACAAGGGCACAACCGUUUUGAUUAAGAACCGUUUUAACACUGAAACAUCUCAGCAUCCAACUCAGAUACCACAAGCUGAUCGACCGUCUUAAAAUAAUCCAAGAAAAUUCCUUUUAGUAACGAAAAUGGAUAUAAGCUCAAAAUCAAUAGUAAAAGAAACUGCGACGUUAUUUAGAAGUUGAUAGAAAUCUCUUACUAAUCUUAAAUAAUAAUAGUAGCAACUUAAAAAAAAUAAUAAAUAGAAAAAAACAACAAAAUCAACAAAUUUCCCAAAAAACA